GAAUCCCAAUCUUCAUCUCAUCCCCAAUAAUAUUUGCAAGAUACAAAAUUUGCAAGUGCUGAAAGUUGAGUAUUGUUAUCAGCUUAAAGAAUUGCCAAAGAAGAUUGAAAAAUUGGUGAAUCUUACCCAUCUUUCGUGUGCUGGUUGUUGGGGGUUAACUCAUAUGCCUCGUGGAAUCGGGAAGCUGACUUCGCUCCAGACGUUAAGCAUGUUCGUUGUGGACAAAGACGGUUCCCAUGGAGCUGCUGCUGCAGAUCUAAGUGAAUUGGGUGGCCUUAACAGACUAAGGGGAGAGCUAAUAAUAAAAAAUUUGGGAUUCGUGAAAAAUGCAGGGGACAAGUUCAAAGCUGCAAAUUUGAAAGAGAAGCAACAUCUGCAAUCAUUGGUUUUAGAAUGGAGAGGUGAUAUGAAUAGUGCUGGCAAUGAAGAAGAAGAUGAUGAUGAAGAGAAGUCACUUGAAGACCUCAAGCCCCAUCCUAAUCUGACGAAGCUCCAUGUGAGAGGAUGGAGGGGCAAAGCCAAGUUCCCAAGUUGGUUUUCUUUGCUCACAAAUCUGGUGGAUAUUCGAAUAAAGGGUCCAAGCAAAUUCAAGCAUCUCCCUUCCUUUGCUCGAUUGUCUCAUCUUCAACGGUUGAAGAUUUCCAAGUUAAUUGAGCUGGAGUACAUGGAAGAUAAUGGCCACAAUGGAGGACAAGGAGAUUCAGAACCAUUCUUCCCGUCGCUCAAGCUUCUUCACCUCAAGGGAUGCCCAAAUAUGAAGAGUUGGUGGAGGGAGAGCCCGAUCGAAGAUGAUGGUGAUAAGGAUGACGACAAGGAUAGAACAGCAUCAACCGUGGCAUUUCCUUGUCUUUCCACUUUAUGCAUUAAAAAUUGCCCUUUGAGUUCAAUGCCACUGUAUCCAUCAGUCGACGAUGAGCUAAUCUUGAUGAAUACCAGUUCAAGACCAUUAAAGCAUACCAUUCAGAUGAGCACCACUACAACAUCAACUUCUUCUCUUCUGUUCAAGACCAGUUCAACCUCUUCUGUUCCCCUCUCCAAAUUGAAAUCUUUCGAAGUGGAGAAUAUCGAAGAACUGGACCGCGACAUGCUAGAUGAGUGCCUGAAAAAUAUGACUUCCCUUAAAAGGUGGGGUAUUGGUUCUUGCAGUUGGCUCAAGUCAUUAUCAGAGUUUCUGCAGCAGAUGACUGGUCUCACAAGUUUAAAGAUAAAAGAUUGCAAGGAGCUUGAUUUAGAGGGCAUGCAGUGGGAACCCCUUAAGAAUCUCUCUCAUUUGGUGAUCGAUAAUAUUCCGCAGCUCGAGUCUCUCCCCCUUUGGCUUCAACAUCUGGAUCAACUGAAAACAUUAGAGAUCGAGAAUUGCAGUGGAUUGAAGUCACUCUUUCCUGUAUUCCAACAUCUCAUUUCCCUGGAAGAGUUAAGCAUAUAGAACUUCAAGGAGCUGGAGUUUUCUGCAGAUGGCAUCCAAAUAUUCCAAGAUUAUACAAGCUUACGUCUUCUACAUCUCACAAACAUUCCCAAGUGUCGGCAUCGUCCGGAGUGGCUUCAACAUCUAAC